AAAGUGGGUUGGAUAAUGUACAUUUUGACUCGGAAGAUUUUUGUUCGUAGGAUUUGUCCCCCUAUCUACCGACAAUUAUUCCUGGAUUGAAACAGUCUCUACUUGACCCUGUACCUGAGGUGAGAAGUGUCUCUGCUCGAGCAUUAGGAGCAAUGGUAAAGGGCAUUGGAGAAGCCAGUUUUGAGGAUCUGAUGCCUUGGUUAAUGGAAACUCUGACAUCUGAGAGCAGCUCAGUGAACAGGUCAGGAGCAGCACAAGGACUCAGUGAGGUAAUGGGAGGACUUGGAGUUGAGAAACUGGAGAGACUUAUGCCAGAUAUCAUUGCUACAGCAGAACGAACGGAUAUAGCCCCCCAUGUAAAAGAUGGCUACAUAAUGAUGUUCAUCUACCUACCUAUGGUGUUCACGAGAGAGUUUUCUCAAUACAUUGGAAAAAUUAUCAAUCCAAUCUUAUGGGCCUUGGCUGACGAGAACGAGUUUGUCAGGGACACGGCACUAAAAGCUGGUCAGAGGAUUGUUAGUAUGUACUCUGAUACAGCUAUCGAGAUGCUACUUCCCCAGCUUGAGCAGGGACUAUUUGAUGACAACUGGAGAAUUCGCUACAGUUCCGUCCAGUUGCUGGGAGAUUUGCUCUACAAGAUUUCUGGUGUUACUGGGAAAAUGUCGACAGACACCGCUGGUGAAGAUGACAAUUUCGGAACAGAACAAUCCCAUAAGGCUAUUUUGAACGCACUGGGUGCAGAAUGUAGAAACCGAGUACUGGCUGGAUUAUAUAUGGAGAGGGCUGAUGUCGCUCUGAUGGUUCGCCAGGCGGCUCUUCACGUCUGGAAGGUGGUGGUCACUAACACACCACGGACUCUUCGUGAAAUAUUGCCUGUUCUAUUUCAAUUAUUAUUAGGCUGUUUAGCCAGUAACAGCUUUGACAAACGUCAGGUAGCGGCUCGGACUCUUGGAGACCUAGUACGUAAGCUUGGAGAAAGAGUGUUACCCGAAAUUAUUCCUAUACUUGAAAGUGGUCUAGAUUCUGACCAGUCAGACCAGAGACAAGGGGUGUGUAUUGGUCUCAGUGAGAUCACGGCAUCCACAAGUAAAGACAUGGUUCUCACAUUUUUCGAUAAUUUGGUUCCUACUGUCAGGAGAGCCCUUUGUGAUAAUCUGAAGGAAGUCCGCCAAGCUGCGGCCAAGACGUUUGACAGUCUGCAUUCGACUGUUGGAGUCAGAGCCUUAGAUGACAUUCUUCCAAAGCUACUGAAGCAACUGGAUGAUCCUGAUGUUGGAGAGUAUACCUUAGAUGGAUUAAGACAAGUUAUGUCAAUCAAAAGCAAAGUGGUUCUUCCUUACCUGAUUCCACAGGUAUGUGCUUUCUUUUGUGUUGUUUGUCAG